UUUCCAUAGAUCGGACCCAGAACGAACAGAGACACACCAGAAAAACGGCCAGUUUCAUGAGGAAUGAGUCGAUGCCUUUGGAUUCAUGACAUCCUUCUAAAGGCUUUUCAUUUUCGGGAGAUCUACAGGAGAGCUUUGAAUGUUCGGGACUGAUCGGAUGUUCAGCUGACUGUGAUUGCAGGAACAUUGUGCGAGCAUCAUCAUGGCUGCGUCUGAAUUAUAUUCAAAGUUUGCACGGGUCUGGAUCCCUGAUGUAGAAGAAGUGUGGAAGUCAGCAGAGCUCACCAAGGACUACAGACAAGGAGAUGGAUUGCUGCAGCUACAAUUGGAGGAUGGAAAGGAACUUGAGUACAAAUUAGACCCCAAGACAAAAAACUUACCAUACCUCCGCAACCCAGAUAUCCUGGUGGGAGAAAAUGACCUGACUGCCCUCAGUUAUCUUCAUGAGCCCGCUGUGUUACACAAUCUGAAAGUGCGCUUCAUUGAUUCCAAACUCAUCUACACGUACUGCGGUAUUGUUCUAGUCGCUAUAAACCCAUAUGAGACGCUGCCCAUCUAUGGAACUGACAUCAUUAACGCAUACAGCGGGCAGAAUAUGGGUGACAUGGACCCUCACAUCUUCGCAGUGGCAGAAGAGGCUUACAAACAGAUGGCCAGGGAUGAGAGGAAUCAGUCCAUCAUUGUGAGUGGAGAAUCUGGAGCAGGGAAAACUGUUUCAGCUAAAUAUGCCAUGCGUUACUUUGCAACAGUCAGCGGCUCUGCCAGCGAAGCAAAUGUGGAAGAAAAAGUUCUGGCAUCCAACCCUAUCAUGGAGUCUAUUGGUAACGCCAAGACCACCAGGAAUGACAAUAGCAGUCGAUUUGGGAAAUACAUUGAGAUAGGCUUUGAUAAGAAGUAUCACAUUAUCGGUGCGAACAUGAGGACAUAUCUCUUGGAGAAAUCACGUGUUGUAUUUCAGGCGGAUGAGGAGAGGAAUUAUCAUAUCUUCUAUCAGCUCUGUGCAUCUGCUCACCUCCCGGAGUUUAAAGCCCUGAAACUUGGAAAGGCUGGUGAUUUUCAUUAUACCAAACAGGGCAGGAACCCAGUGAUUGAUGGAAUCGAUGAUGCCAAGGAGAUGUCGACCACCAGAAAUGCCUUCACACUGCUUGGUGUAAAUGAGUCCUAUCAGUUGGGCUUGUUUCAGAUUCUGGCUUCAAUUUUGCACCUGGGGAACGUUGAAGUGAAGGAUAGAGACUCAGACAGCAGUAUUAUUCCACCAAAUAAUGGUCACCUGAGUGUGUUUUGUGAAUUGAUGGGUGUGACAUAUCAAGACAUGUCUCAUUGGCUGUGUCAUAAGAAGCUGAAGACGGCAACUGAAACGUACAUAAAGCCCAUCCCUAAACUACAGGCCAUAAACGCCCGCGAUGCUCUCGCCAAACAUAUCUACGCCAAACUCUUUAACUGGAUCGUGGACCAUGUGAACAAAGCGCUGCAUUCUUCGGUCAAACAGCACUCGUUCAUUGGAGUCCUAGACAUUUACGGGUUUGAGACUUUCGAAAUCAACAGUUUUGAACAGUUCUGUAUUAAUUAUGCCAAUGAGAAACUACAGCAACAGUUCAACAUGCAUGUGUUUAAGUUGGAGCAGGAAGAGUACAUGAAAGAGCAGAUCCCCUGGACUCUCAUUGAUUUCUAUGAUAAUCAGCCAUGUAUCAACCUCAUCGAGGCCAAGAUGGGCAUCCUCGACCUGCUAGAUGAAGAGUGCAAGAUGCCGAAGGGUUCUGAUGAUUCCUGGGCUCAGAAACUGUAUAACACUCAUUUGAAGACGUGUGCACUUUUUGAAAAGCCACGGAUGUCCAAUAAAGCCUUCAUAAUUCAGCACUUUGCAGAUAAGGUGGAGUAUCAGUGUGAUGGUUUUCUGGAGAAGAAUAAAGACACCGUGAAUGAGGAGCAGAUACAUGUUCUGAAGGCCAGUAAGUUUGACCUGCUGGUGGAGCUGUUCCAGGAUGAGGAGAAAGCUACAAGUCCGACUGGUGCUGCUCCUGCUACUGGAGGACGGACUCGCCUCAGCGUCAAACCAGACAAGAACAAAGCCGGCCUUGCCAGCAAGGAACACAAGAAGACAGUUGGACUGCAGUUCCGCAACUCUCUGCAGCUGCUGAUGGAGACACUGAAUGCCACUACACCACAUUACGUUCGCUGCAUCAAACCCAAUGAUCAUAAAUAUGCCUUCACGUUUGACCCCAAGAGGGCAGUUCAGCAACUGCGUGCAUGUGGAGUUUUGGAAACAAUCCGCAUCUCUGCAGCUGGUUUCCCAUCUAGAUGGACGUAUCAGGAGUUCUUUGGCAGGUAUCGUGUCCUGAUGAAACAAAAAGAUGUUUUGACAGACAGGAAGAUGACCUGUAAGAAUGUUCUGGAGAAACUGGUGCAGGACCAAGAUAAGUACCAGUUUGGCAAGACCAAGAUCUUUUUCCGCGCAGGGCAGGUUGCGUAUCUGGAGAAACUGCGAGCAGAUAAGCUGCGUGCUGCCUGCAUCCGCAUCCAGAAGACCAUACGCUGCUGGCUGGCGCGCAAGAAGUACCUGCGCAUGAAACAUGCUGCCACAACCAUCCAGAGAUACGUCCGUGGAUACCAGGCCCGCUGUCUUGCAAAGUUCCUGCGACGCACACGUGCUGCGAUCGUCAUUCAGAAGUACCAGCGCAUGUACGUUCAGAGAACGUGUUACAAACGCAAGCAGGCUGCCGCUCUGGCCAUGCAGUGCAUCCUCAGGGCAUACAUGGCCAGACAGCUGUACAAAGCGCUUCUGCGUGACCACAAGACCAUCAUCAUUCAGAAGAUGGUCCGUGGCUGGUUGGCCCGGCAGUGGUACAAGCGGACGCUCAAAGCCAUCGUUUACCUUCAGUGCUGCAUCCGCCGCAUGCGAGCCAAGCGAGAACUCAAGAAACUCAAGAUCGAGGCACGUUCGGUGGAACACUUCAAGAAACUCAACAUCGGCAUGGAGAACAAGAUCAUGCAACUGCAGCGCAGGAUAGACGAACAGAACAAGGAGAACCGUGCUGUCAGCGAGCGUUUGAACAGUCUAGAGAUCAGCCAUGCUGCGGAGUUCGAGCGUCUGCGUGUGGAAUUGACGCGUCUGCGAGGGGCAGAAGAGGAUGCCAAAAACAACGCCAACAAAGUUACAUCUCUUCUGGAGGAGCUGGAGCGACUUCGCAAAGAUCUGCAGAACACACAGAAGGAGAAGAAAGCCAUCGAGGACUGGGCACAAACCUACCAGGAGGAGACGGAAAAGAUGAUCUCAGAACUAAAGGAGCAAAACCACCUGCUGAAGAACGAGAAAAACGACCUGAACCGACUGAUCCAGGAACAGAGCCAGCAGUGGACAGAGAAAAUGCAGAGGGCUCUGAAGGAGGAAACCCAGCAGUUAAAAUACGAUUUAAACGAAGAACGUUCUCGCUACCAGAAUCUUCUCACCGAACACCUCCGACUAGAGGAGAAAUACGACGAUUUGAAAGAGGAGAUCACACUCGCUGUAAAUGUUCCAAAACCUGGUCACAGGCGCACAGACUCCACACACAGCAGCAACGAAUCAGAAUGGACCUACAAUUCAGAGUUUGCCGAGUCAGAGGAAGGGUCCCGCGGAGGGGAGGACAUUUCCAAUGCGAUUCUGGACAUGUCCCUGUUCCUAAAGCUGCAGAAGAGAGUAUCAGAACUAGAGCAAGAAAAACAAUCACUGCAGAACGAACUCGAUCGGAGAGAAGAGCAGUUUCAGCGGGCUAGAGCUAGGGACGAUGUAGAGCAUAAGAAAGCACGUAGUGCUGAGCUGGAAUAUGAAUCUCUGAAGCGACAGGAGUUGGAGUCAGAGAAUAAGAAGCUCAAGCAUGAUUUGAAUGCGAUGCGUCAGUCUCUGAGAGGCAGCGCUGUGGGCGGUUCUGCCGCUCCGGGUUCUCCCGCGUACACGGUCCUGCUGGAUCAGCUGAACGCCUCCAACGAGGAGCUGGAGGUGCGGAAGGAGGAGGUGCUCAUCCUGCGCUCUCAACUCGUCAGUCAGAGAGAGGCCAUGCAACAUAAGGAGACCAUGACUGAACCUUUGCCGUACAUUGAGGAUGUACAGAAGCUCACUGAUGCCAAGGAAAUCUCCCAGGCCUACAUGGGCCUUAAAGAGACCAACAGAUCCCCAUUCCCUGACUACCAUAAGCUGAAUGAGGAUGGAGAACUGUGGCUGGUUUAUGAAGGGUUAAAGGAAACUAACAGGUUGUUGGAGUUUCAGUUGCAGGCUCAGCGUCGGUCUCAUGAGAACGAGGUGGAGGUUUUGCGUGGAGAAUUGCACAGUGUCAAAGAGGACAACAACCGUCAGCAGCAGCUGUUAGCUCAGAACCUGCAGCUUCCUCCAGAGGCCCGAAUCGAGGCCAGUCUACAGCACGAGAUCACGCGCCUCACCAACGAGAACUUGGAUCUUAUGGAGCAACUGGAGAAACAAGACAAGACCGUCCGCAAACUGAAGAAACAGCUCAAAGUCUUUGCAAAGAAGAUCAAUGACCUGGAAGGUGGCCAGAUGGACGUGUCUCCAGGACAGACGGCCGAUGAGUCUGUUCAUCCAGUGAACAUUCCACGCAGGGAGAAAGAUUUCCAGGGAAUGCUGGAAUACAAGAAGGAUGAUGAACUCAAACUGGUCAAAAACCUCAUACUUGAGCUAAAGCCUCGCGGUGUGGCAGUGAAUUUAAUACCAGGUCUGCCGGCAUACAUCCUUUUCAUGUGUCUGCGUCAUGCCGACUACAUUAAUGAUGACCAGAAAGUCAGAUCUCUACUCACCUCCGUCAUCAACAGCAUCAAGAAGAUCCUCAAGAAAAGAGGUGAUGACUUUGAGACUGUUUCCUUCUGGUUGUCCAACACAUGUCGUUUCCUGCACUGCCUGAAACAGUACAGUGGCGAUGAGCAAUUCAUGAAGCAUAACACUUCUAAACAGAACGAUCACUGUCUCUCCAACUUUGACCUGGCCGAGUACCGGCAGGUUUUGAGUGAUCUGGCCAUUCAGAUCUACCAGCAGCUCAUCAAGUGUAUGGAGAACAUCCUGCAGCCCAUGAUCGUCUCUGGCAUGCUGGAACAUGAAACCAUCCAGGGAGUGUCAGGGGUGAAGCCCACAGGUCUCCGUAAGAGGACGUCCAGUAUCGCUGAAGAGGGGACAUACACAUUGGACUCCAUCAUCCGGCAGCUCAACUCCUUCCACUCCAUCAUGUGUCAGCAUGGAACCGAUCCAGAGCUCAUCAAACAGGUGGUCAAGCAGCAGUUCUACAUCAUUGGCGCUGUCACCUUUAACAACCUGCUGCUGCGUAAAGACAUGUGCUCUUGGAGCAAGGGCAUGCAGAUCAGGUAUAACGUGAGUCAGCUGGAGGAGUGGCUGAGAGAUAAGAACCUCAUGACAUGCGGUGCGAAAGAGACGCUGGAGCCGUUAAUUCAGGCCGCACAACUACUGCAGGUCAAGAAGAAGACGGAUGAGGAUGCUGAGGCCAUCUGCUCCAUGUGUAACAGCCUCUCUACAGCACAGAUUGUGAAGGUGCUGAAUUUGUAUACGCCUGUCAACGCGUUUGAAGAGCGUGUGUCAGUACUGUUCAUAAGAACAAUACAGACACGUUUACGGGAUCGAAAGGAGAUGCCUCAGCUGCUGAUGGACACCAAAGUCAUCUACCCCGUGACCUUCCCCUUUAACCCCUCCUCCCUGGCCCUGGAAACCAUUCAGAUACCCAGCAGCCUCAAUGUGGGCUUCCUCACUCGUGUGUAGACCCGUCAAUCACCUCACCUCAACCAAUCACAUGGCAGGAACAGGGAGCCUAAAUAUAUAUAUAUAUAAAAAGAAAAUGCUUAUAGGUAAUUAAGCCACUCACUUAAAGAGAAUGUCAACUUCAGUCCUUCAUUUUUCACUUCUUCAUCACUUUUAUUUAUUAAAUAAAAGAGUGAAUCUCACAAAACCUGUCAAGCAAGUGUUCAGAUAACAAUUGACCUCAAAAUUAAAAGAAACACAUAUAACUAUAUUUUGUUUAAAGAAAAUGAAGCUCAUCUUUAGAAUCAUUAUUAUUUUGACAAUAUGAUAUUUUCAAGGCAAUUAAGAACUUUCUCUAAAAAUUCUUAUUUCUGAAAUACAAAGGAAAAAAAUUGUAUUAUUGUAAUAUGAAAAAAAGUGUUAUACAUGUACAGUAUUUGCUAACAUAUGCUGAUUAAAAUAAUAAUUGAAAUUCACUUGAGUGCAGUAAUUAAUUAAUAAUUAAUACCAUGUUUUUUUAAUGGAUAAAAAUUAAGGUUUUAUUAAUCAGAAUUAACACUGAGAAUAGUCAAUAACAGAAAUUCUCAAAACUCUGAAAAGACCCGUUCUUCAUUUUCUGCAUUGAAAAUAUAUUCUUAUAAUAUUUUCUUUUUAUUGUGGGAUAAAAAUCUUGAUAUUUUUUUUUGUGAGAUUCACCUCUUAAACUGGAAUAUUUCUGAAAGAUGUUUCACUUAUUGAAUGUUACGAAAGGAACAAUAAAGGUUAAGUUAACUCAUUCUAACUCUAAUGCCUUUUCAGGUCACAACCAGAAUAAGUUCACGGGGAUGUAAAAUCAUACACUUCUAUAAAUAUCUAUAAAUAUGUAUGAUGCUAGGAUAUUUUAUUUAUUGCUUUACCCUGUCAGAUUUGAAUUUUUUUCUCUCAGAUGCUAGCUAACAUGGAUAUCCAAUUGCGGAGCAUACUCUAGUCCUCUGCACUCGUCCAUAUCAGAUUAAUAACUUAGAAUCAUUGGGAUUAAAAAAAAGAA